AUGAGGCCGCAGCUACAGCGGCUUGUGCCGCUUCUUUUUGUCUUUCUCUCGCUAUUCUUAUGCGUUUCUUCGGGGCAGACCAGAGAGGCUUGGAAGUCGGGAUGGGGGAACAUAGAAGGAGAUGUGAACCCAGACCAGGGCGUACUGGCCUUUGACGAUGCUAUGGCGCUUCUACACACGAUCAAACCGGCUGCGGCGCCAUGGUGGAAUUUCGACAAAAAGUCUGGCAUACUGGGUACCAGCGCGUACUACGCAAAGGAAGUCUUCUUCCUGCUCUUCAUGAAUGGGCCGCCGCAGCAGGAGCUGUUGACCACGAACCCGCAGCCCAAGAAACUUGGACAUUCCCUGUCACGGGCCGUUGACUUGUUGGAAGAGGCCGCGGCCCAGAAGAACCCCGAUGCAAUCUUUACUCUCGCCGAGAUGAACUUCUACGGCAACUACACGCACCCGCGCAACUACUCCGAGGCCUUUCGAAGAUACCACGAGCUCGCGACUUUGAAUGGGAAUGCCUCGGCACAGCACAUGGUUGGCUUCAUGCAUGCGACUGGCAUCGGCGGGGCAGUCAAGCAAGACCAGUCCAAGGCCAUGCUAUACUACACAUUGGGCGCUGAAGGUGGAGACGUACGGUCAGAAAUGGCUGUUGCGUAUAGACAUUCGGCGGGCAUAUCCACUCCGCGAAACUGUGACGAGGCUGUACAUUUCUACAAAGCGGCGGCUGAGAAGGCUAUUGCAUACAUGCGGUCUGGUCCACCAGGCGGGCAUUCUAUGCCGCGAGAGUCUUACAAUAUCGCCGACGAUCAAGGCGGUGUGUAUGGCGAAGGUGCAAGUGCGAGCAGCUCGGGACCCAACGCCAAGGUUGCAAGCGCUCAAUCUGAUGCCUUCUCCUCCCUCGACGACGUCUUCGAAUACAUGGAUCUGCAGGCCCGAAAGGGUGAUGCUAGGGCCACAUUCAAUCUUGCUAAACUCAAUUAUGACGGCGCACGAACAUUGAAGCGAGACCUUCCGGCGGCUAAGAAACGGUUCUUGGAACUUGCCCGCAUGUACUGGACAAAGGACGGAAAGAUUAACGCAAAUGUAUCGCCGACUACCGAGAAGCUAGCUGCGAAGGCCGCUGGCUAUCUUGGCCGGAUGUUUCUGCGCGGCGAGGGUAUGCCACAAAGUUUCGAGAUUGCAAGAACCUGGUUUCGACGUGGCAUGGAGUUGGGUGAUGCACUGUCGCAGUACUCGAUGGGUAUCAUGUAUCUGAAAGGCCUAGGCGUGCCUCAGGACGCUGUAAAGGCUGCUGAACUGUUCGGCGCAGCUGCAGACCAGGAUUUGGCAGUUGCACAAGUCCGACUUGGUGCGCUCUUUCUGGACCAAGGCGAUAUCGCCAUCGCGGCUAAAUACUUUGAGCUUGCAGCUAGGCAUGGGCAUCUCGAGGCCUUCUACUACUUAGCUGAAAUGACGAACAACGGCAUCGCUCGCACCAAGUCUUGCCCUCUAGCGGCCACAUACUACAAGAUCGUCGCAGAGAAGGCCGAGCUUGUCUCUACAUCUUUUCCAGAAGCCAAUGAGGCUUACGCCAAUGGCGACCUAGAGACUGCACUCGUUAGCUACAUGAUGGCAGCUGAACAAGGCUUCGAGGUUGCGCAGGCUAACGUCGCCUACCUUCUCGACCAAGUCAAGCCUCGCUUUACCUUAGACUCGCUCGUUCCCUUCAUGAAGCAGAACCCUUCGCUGGCUAGCGAUGCAUUCCUGGCGCUAGUAUAUUGGACGCGCUCUGCAGAACAGAAGAAUGUCGACGCCAUGGUGAAGAUGGGAGAUUACUAUUUGAUGGGUCUCGGAACACAUCCUGAUUCCGAAAAGGCUGUGGCUUGUUAUACAGCAGCAGCAGAGACCAUGCGAAGCGCACAAGCCAUGUGGAAUUUGGGCUGGAUGCACGAGAAUGGCAUCGGCAUUGAUCAAGACUUCCAUCUUGCCAAAAGACAUUAUGAUCUUGCCUUGGAGACAAAUCCGCGCGAGGCUUACCUACCCGUCAUCCUAGCGUUGUACAAACUCAGGAUCCGGAGUUGGUGGAAUACCUUCACAAAUGGCAACAUCAAGUCUAUCCAAGAGGAGCCCGUCGUCAAGAAACAAUGGACACUUUCGGAGUGGCUCAACGCUUUCCUCGAAGCCGAACUCGCCGGCUGGGAUGAAUACGAGCCUGAUGACUUCGAUGACACACAUACAGCCGGCGACGACUACUACGGUGACGGCUACCACGGCGACGAUAUUGAUUCGGAUAUUCUCGAGUCGCUCAUCAUUCUGGCUCUGAGCGGCGCUUUGGCAUUCUUGCUGUACUACAGGACACAGAGGCAGAGAAGACAAGAGGAAGAGAGAAGACGGCAACAGGAACAACAACAGCAGCUGAAUCAGGGAAUUCCGGUGCAGCAACAGCAGGCGGAAGGACAGCCGCCACCAGACAGAGGGCUGUUUCCAAAUCCGAACGACCCUGAUUUCCUGAAUUGGGUAGCAGGUGGCAUCUGCCUGGACACAACACAUCGACUCCCACCAACCCACUCCUGUGUCAUGGAGAUGCCCCAAGAUUACAUCAAAUUACACAUCAAAACUAGCAUGAAAGACGUUCUUCGGCGUAGGAGCAAGCAGACGUUCCCGUGCCCAGAUACCCUUGACGGUCUUCGCGCACUUAUCGAGGCCCAGGAUCCCCAACCAGCAUGCAACUGUGAUCAGUGUGAUCCGCGUUUCUACAAGUCCCAUUGGAACUGCAAGAUACAUCCACACGACCAUCCCAAACUCAAACUCGACAGCACCAAAAACGAGUUCGGAAACCAGUGCUACAAACCCUUGAAAAUGAACGUUGCGCUCCGUGCUGAAGCAAUGGAACUGACUAGAAUAGCAGUGAAAUACUUCGACCGCCCACUGGAAUCUCUUAAUAACACGCAACUAGCCGCUUUGAUGAACCUUCAAAUAUGGGUUCAAGAGCACAUGUCACUGUUCUUUGCCAUCACACCAUCCACACCAUCUGCAAGUCUUGACACAAUCUUCCCUGAAUCUUCAAUGCGCGAGCUUUGGAAGCAUAUCAACAUUCUAUUCUUCGGCUCCGACAUUCCACGUCGCCUCUCCUGCUUUCGUUGGGCUACUACUCCCCCACACCCCGGAUAUGAAACGGCAAUCGGCGUGGCGUCUGUGCGUUACUUUCUCUACAGCAUCGUCAUACUACCAUCUAUAGACUGCAUGUUGAUGCUCAGCACGCUUUUACACGAAGCUUGUCAUAUGUUCUUUCUUUACUAUGCCUGCCAAGCUUGUUGGAGUACAGAAUGGAACUUGAAUACAGCGGGACACGGGCGCGCAUGGCAAGUUCUUGCGUCGGCUGUGGAACGCAAGUUUGUAGAGUUCACAGGCCUGCCGACUGAUCUUGGUCGUCUCGAUUCGUUACGAGUGCACUGGGACGACUGCUGGCCAUUACCUAGUAUUCACGAAUUAGCAGACUGGCAGCUAGACAGGCCAAUAUUGAUGCAGAUUUACGUGAAUGAUUUACAUAAGGCAGUUCGAGGGUAUGUGGGACUAGACGGAGGAGACGAUAAAGUUAGAGAUUUUCCGAUAAGAGGGUUCAAGGAAUAUUGGUGGGUAGACACGAAGCAGGCUGAACGUAUCGCAAAGGAAGGGAGGUUGGGAGAUGGCACAGAUUUCUUCGAAGAGAAGACGUUGGUGUGUCGUGCUGACUUGAGGUGCGGAGGGAUGGAGCGCGAGCAAGAACAGUCUGACGGAGAGGUAGAGAGAGAACACGAGAGGAUCUUAGAGAAGUGCAAAUGUGAGGGUAGUAUUUUUUGCCCAAAAUGA